AUGCCGAUGCCAGUGGUGACGACGGCGAGGAGCACCACAUCUCCGUGCCCGAUUGAUUGUAACGCCGGCUACAACGACCUGGACCCGCUGCAGUGGGUCCGCGGCUGGUCCGGCGAGAAGAAGCUGUAUUGCUGCAAGACGGCGAACAGGGGUUGCCCUUCGGAAUUGCCCCCGCCCUCGGGCCUGCCGCCGUCCAACGCGCCCCCCGAGCCAGACAAGAGCGUCUACGACUGCGACGCGGGCUACCACCACUGCAUGCACUGCCUGGUGCUGUCGUGGUCUCCGGCCAAGAUCGAUCACUGCUGCAAGACCCAGCACAAAGGUUGCAGGGGCGAGGAGCCAGAGUGA